AUGAUUUUCAAAAUAUUGUGUAGUUUACUACUGGUAACCUCCAACUUCGCUUCUGCCUUAUAUGUCAAUGAAACUACGAGCUAUACACCAUACACGAAGACAUUAACUCCAACAUACUCUGUUUCACCUCAAGAGACAACAUUAACGUACAGCGAUGAAACAACCACCUUCUACAUAACAUCUACUUUUUACUCUACCUACUGGUUCACUACCUCCCAAUCAGCUGCUAUUAUUAGUACACCUACUGCAAGUACACCUACUGCAAGCACGCCUAGCCUAACUACGUCCACAAAUGAAUACACCACCACCUAUUCUGACACAGACACCACCUACACGUCUACUCUGACCUCUACUUACAUAAUAACUCUAUCUACGGAAUCCGCCAACGAGAAGGCUGAACAGAUUUCCACGAGCGUCACAGAAAUUGCUUCUACAGUAACCGAAUCGGGCAGUACAUACACCUCUACUUUGACCUCAACCUUAUUGGUUACUGUAUAUAAUUCCCAAGCUAGUAAUACAAUAGCGACAUCCACAGCUGGGGACGCCGCCUCCAAUGUUGAUGCCUUAGAAAAGUUAGUCUCUGCUGAACAUCAAUCUCAGAUGAUUCAAACCACAUCCGCCGAUGAACAGUACUGUAGUGCGUCUACCAAGUAUGUUACAGUUACAGCUGCUGCAGUUACCGAAGUGGUUACUACUACGGCGGAGCCUGUUGUUAAAUACGUUACUAUAACUGCCGAUGCUAGUAAUGUUACAGGUUCUGCUAACAACGGUACCCACAUUUAA